ACACACAGUUCACUCACACACUCGCCCAAAAUCGGCAGUAGAGGAGAGAUGUACGGAUUCAAUUCGGCCAACAGCCUUGUCACUCUCCUCACCGGCGCCGCCCCCUAUGCGAAAAUCAGGCAUUCCUCUCGCCGCUCUCUCGCCGGAAUCAGUCAGAUUGUUGAUCCCCGCAAAUGUGAGAGGAAAAUGGAGAAAAAGCUGAAGAAGCUCUCGAGUAAUGUGGUGAUGCUCACGUGCCAAUCAUCUGCGGAUUCUGGCGUAUGCAAUGUUUAUUUGGUCGGAACCAAUCAUGUUUGUCGGAAAUCUUGGGCAGAAGUUAAGGCCGUGGGGAAAUUCUUGAAACCAGAGGUUUUUUUCCUGGAAUUGUGCUCUACUAGCACAGAAAUUCUUACACUUGAAAUACCAAAGGCUCCGACAAUGAGAGAAAUGGUCGAUAUGUGGAAGAAAAAUUAUCAACCUUCUUGGAUUCUUUACAUGUGGUUUAUUCGCAAGUGGUAUUCUUGGGGCGUUCCAUCUAAAGGUGGAGAAUUUCGCGCGGCAAAUGAAGAAGCCAAGAAAUAUGGCGCCAAGGUUAUACUUGGUGAUCGACCUCAAGAGAUAACAUUGCAGAGAUAUCGUGCUAGGACGUCUCUUUGGCAAGCGCACAGCUGGUUAUAUAAAGGAACCACUUUGCGUUCUGAUAUUUGGGAGGAAAUCUUUAGGGAUGAGCGCGACCUAUAUAUGUCGGCCAAGAUACUGGAAGUCGCGCGCAAGCAUAGAUCAAUGGUAGUCGUUGUGGGAAGAGGCCAUCUAGAAGGAAUCCAGAAGAAUUGGAAAAAACCUGUUGAUAUGGAGCAACUUCUUUACAUACCAACGGGGAAGAAAAAAGUUGCGUCCAUUGGAGUAGCAGUUGCCAUUAUUUAUGGUAUUUAUCUCUCCAUGAAGAAUUAGCAUUCCGCAUUCCAUGAGCCUAGUCGAGCCCACGUGAGAGAUGUUACAACAAUGAUGUAAUUAGUGUACUUAAUUUUGUUCGGCAAUAGUGAAGGGUUAGUGAUUUUUUAUUAGUGAGCUGGUUUAGCCCUGACAAUGGAACUAAUUUUGAUUUAA